AUAUGUUGCCUUUACUUUUAGUGUUUGUAACAUUGCAAGUGUCAUCGAUAAAUGCAGCAAAUAUUUUGGGAAUAAUUACAACAGCGUCCGUAAGCCACCACUUACCUUUUCGACCGUUAUGGAAAGAACUGGCACAAAGAGGUCAUCAAGUUACUGUAAUUACUACUGAUCCACAAAGGAACUUAUCCAACUACAAUUUGAUAGAAAUCGAUAUAAGUUAUACUUACAAAAUCUAUGAUAAGUACGAUAUUUCGAAUGUGAUAAGUGACGAAAAUAACAGUUACGCAGAUAUUGCUUCUGUUCUACAAAAACUAUUUUUUGAAGCUCACGAUUACAUGUUAAAUGUACCGGAAGUGCAAGACUUGAUUCUAAAUAAAAAGAAUAAUUUCGAUGUAAUUUUGUGUGAAGCCCACAUGCCUUCCAUGAUGGCUUUUGCUUGGAGGUUCAAAUGCCCUCUAAUAGCAAUCGCCUCUUUGGAUCCGGCAAUGCAGUACCACGAUUCUCUUGGAAAUUUAGUUCAUCCUGUGAUUAAUCCAGAUCCCAAUUUAGACAUUGAAGAUAGCGAGAAUUUGAGUUUCACAGAUAGAAUAAGAAGUUUCAUUUAUACUUAUGCGUAUAAGUAUGUAAUUUAUACUAUGACAUUUCCAAGUCACCAUGAACAUAUGAGGAGAUACUUUGGGGAUGAUUUGCCUUCUUUUAAUGAAUUACAAAAUAAUAUUAGUUUGAUGUUUACUGGUACAAAUCCAUUGUUUCAUAAUAUGAGACCAAUGAAUUUAAAUACGAUACCCAUUGGAGGUGGGAUGCAUCUACAGCCACCACAAAAUUUACCAAAAGAUUUAAAAAAAUUUUUGGAUGACAGUACAACAGGUGUCAUAUAUUUUAGUCUGGGAAGCAAUGUCAAAUGUAAUUUGUUAAGUGAGCGUUUCAGAAGGGAAAUUUUGGAUACAUUUGCUAAAGUACCUUACAGAGUUGUUUUAAAAAUUGAUUGUAAUUUGACAAAUAUUCCCAGCAACGUAUUGGUUAAAAGUUGGAUGCCGCAACAAGAUGUUCUAAGGCAUCCAAACGUAAAGUUAUUCAUCACACAAGGAGGAUUACAAUCUCUGCAAGAAGCAAUAUCUAAUGGCAUUCCACUCAUUGGAAUUCCCUUCUUUGGAGAUCAAAUUACGAACGUUAAUAGAAUGGAAAAGAGAGGAUAUGGAAUAAAACUGAACAAAAGGACGAUAACAAAAGAAAUUUUAACAAAGGCAAUCAACGAAGUGAUGUACAAUUCAAAGUAUCGCGAAACUGCCAAAUUAAUGGGGGAUAUAUUCAAGGACGAAGAGAUUCCCAGUCUACAAAGAGCCAUUUUUUGGACAGAAUAUGUUAUUAGGCACAAAGGCGCUGACCAUCUCAGAAGUUCUGCUACUGGAAUGCCCGGUUGGAAAUAUUAUAUGUUAGAUGUUAUUGGCUUCUUCGCUUUAUGUACAGUUUUUACUCUUACCAUAUUAUAUUUGUUACUCAGGCUAGUCAUUUCGAUAUUAGUAUAUUUUGUUAAGCAUAUUUUAUUAGUUAGAUUAAACUUAGUCAUUAAAACGAAUCAGGGGAAACUUAAGUACAAUUAGUAGUUCAUGUUCUUUUAAGCCUACUCAGGAUAAACUAAUAUCAAAUACAGUACACUUUUGUAAUGAUUUGAUAGGUCUUUUUUUUAUUUUCAAAAUGAAAGAUUUACUUUACUAUCGUGUUUGGUUAGGAAUUACACGAAACAUAAAGGAUAAAAUGAAUUAGAGAAAAUUGGAGGUAUCAUUUAGUAUUCUAAAGCAAU